AUGUCCGAAACGCAAUUCGUGUGCGAACUGUGCCAACAGCACUACUCCACCUUCGAGAUCCUGAUGACGCACAACCGCCUUAAGCACUACCAUACCAUAAAGUUCGGCUGCGGCUACUGCAACGAAACGUUCCGCAGCGAGGACGACCUAUACUGCCACUUCGUCCUGACGCACCACAUCGAUCCGUGCGGGAAUCCGACGUCGGGUGAACGGGUUCACCGCCGUUCUCACACCAACAGUGAGGCUUCGGACGAGUACGAGGAUCAACCGUGUGGACAGAUGCGGCUGAUCAGUGAAAGUGAUGAUGGUUCGCUGGUCGAGAGCAGUAGUGCCGAGGGUGAGUUUGAUGAGGAUGAAGAUUGUGCUAGCAGUGACGAGGAAAGUGACCCGGAGCUGAACUACAACGAGCUGUACAUGAGACGCAAACGGAGCGCCAUGACACAGGAGGAAAUCUCCGAGCUAACGGACGUGUUUAAGAAGACGGUUCAGGCAACCUACACGACAAAGUUCCGGUUCUAG